GUUUUGUCUGUUCUGUUCUGUUCCGUUCGUCUUUCACAUUUUCGUGUAAUUUUUACCCAUUUUCCCUUCUUCUCGAGAUGACGCUGAAAUACUCAGAAAAAAAUAAAAUAAAAGAAGACGAUUUUUCUUGGCUUAUAAAGGAAGAAGAGCCUUCCGUGCAACAAGGAGCAUGUCUGUUUCUCAGUAGAUUCUCAUGCCACUUCCUUCAUUUUGUUAAAGAAUUCAGUUUUUGGGUAUGGAAAUUCUCUCAUAUGGUUCUGCACCUUGCUGUCAAGUAGUGGACUCUAAGUGGAAAUUGGUUGACAAAAGCUUGAAUUGGCGUCAAUCAAAGUUUCCUAUUGUUGGAAACCAUGGGGUUUAUUGUACCAGUACCAUUUCUAGAUUUGGGUCUGUGAGAUGUUGUGAUGUUGGAAAUCAUGCUCUUGAAGGCUCCAAGAGAAUCAAUUCUAAGGUCCAUAGUGGAAGUUCUGAUGGUUAUGUGAUUGGUGGUGAAGAGGAUGUAACAGAUAUUUCAGGGAUAGAGGAGCCUGCAACUAAUGUUCUCAUUCCAGGUCUGCCAGAUGAGUCAAAUGGUGAAUCUGGUGCACAUAUAAGUAGUUGCUUUUGGGAAUGGAAGCCUAAACUUAACGUACACUAUGUGAGGGCUGGGUGUGAAAAUGCAGAUUCUCCGCAUGUUCUCUUUCUUCCUGGUUUUGGUGUUGGCUCUUUCCAUUAUGAGAAGCAACUGAAAGAUUUGGGCCGUGACACUAGAGUAUGGGCACUGGAUUUUCUAGGCCAAGGAAUGUCCUUGCCUUUUGAAGAUCCAGCUCCUCACUAUAAGGAAGGGUUUAUAUCGAAUGGAAAUACUUCUUUGUGGGGUUUUGGAGAUGAGACGGAACCGUGGGCAACAAAGCUUGCAUACUCUAUUGAUUUAUGGCAAGAUCAAGUUCGAUACUUCAUAGAAGAGGUCAUCAGGGAACCAGUCUAUGUUGUGGGCAACUCUCUAGGAGGAUAUGUUGCAUUGUAUUUUGCGGCACGUAACCCUCAUUUAGUGAAAGGUGUCACAUUGCUUAAUGCAACACCUUUUUGGGGAUUUCUUCCUAAUCCUGUAAAGAAUCCAGGCCUAGCAAAAAUAUUUCCAUGGGCAGGAACAUUUCCCCUACCUUCUAAUGUAAGGAGGCUUACAGAGUUGGUGUGGGAGAAAAUUAGUGAUCCUACAAGUAUUGCUGAGAUACUUAAUCAGGUUUAUGCAGAUCGUUCAACAAAUGUAGAUAGUGUGUUUUCAAACAUAAUUGAAACCACAAGGCAUCCUGCAGCUGCAGCAUCAUUUGCUUCGAUUAUGUUUGCUCCUCAGGCAGAAUUAUCUUUCAGUGAAUCGUUAUCUAGAUGCCGGACAAACAAUGUGCCAAUCUGCCUCAUGUACGGAAAAGAAGAUCCCUGGGUGAAGCCAGUUUGGGGACUCCAGGUCAAAAGACAGGUUCCUGAAGCUCCAUAUUAUCAGAUUAGCCCUGCUGGUCACUGCCCUCAUCAUGAAGUCCCUGAGGUCAUAAAUUUCUUACUACGUGGGUGGAUCAGAAACCUAGAGUCUAAGGGUUCUAUCUCAUUGCCACUGCUUGAUGACCUAGACAGUAUGAAACACACUAAUGCCAGGGAGUUAGAAUUUAUGAGAGAAGGUUCAAGAAAAUCAGUGAUGGUAAAAAUUUUAGACUCCAGAUUCACACUUUGGGACAGGAUAAGGUCUUACAUCAACCCUCGCUCCAAGUUCAGGAAUUUGGCACCCAAAUCUCAAUGAACUAUGACGUCCUCAGAAAAAAAAAAAAAAAUAUGUAUGUUGUCCUCUAUGAUUUAGUUUGUAUUAAGCAAACCGUACACAGUGAUUGUAUGUAUAGCAACCAUUACACACUUGUAUAGCAUGUCAAAUUAUCUUUCCUUGAGCACAUAAAAAAUCUUUAAAAACUUGAA